UAUUCUUGGGGUGAGUGACAGAGAUGCUUAGGGAUUUUUUUUAAACGCAUGUGACUAGUAAAAUGCUUUGUGAUUGGUCAAAAUAAGCCUACACGUACAGUAAGUUUUCUUUUACUGUCUAUAGUUUUCAGCAGACAUUUUUAAACCCCGCUAGCGAUCCGUCAUGGCUGACUCAAGUGAAGGAAGUGAUACUGAUGAAGUUACGAAGGAUGACACAGGACCACAUUCAAACGAUAACCCCGAUGAUUUAGAUGUACCAGUCGAUCACGUGAGAGCAGUGGAUCUUAGCGAUGUUUCGAGAGGAAGAGGAGGAUAUGCGCGAUUUUGCUGGCUUCCAAGAAGAAUGGAAGACCGACAACUUUCACGCUCAUGAGAAGAUCCCGUAUAACCGCGAACCAGGCGUCAAUAUAGAGCUUCCAGAGGUUGUUACACCAAUACAGGUCUUCUCACAUGUUUUCACGGAGGAGCUGUGGAUGCGACGUGUAACAGAAACAAAUCUUUAUGCUGAACAAUCACGGAGCGCAACUCCAAACAGCAAGUGGGUACCAGUCACAGUUAUUGAAAUGAAGACUGUCAUUGGACUGUGUCUUGCCAUGGGGAUCCUUGACCUGCCAUCACGUAGAGAUUUUUGGCGUCAGAAAAAGUGGCUUCUUCGAACGAGCAUCCCCCAAGCCAUUUCAAGAGAAAGAUUUGCCAUCAUCUGGAGGUAUCUCCACUUGCAAGACAACAGCAAAGAUGUGAACCACUCUGACAAGCUCUGGAAAGUCAGAUGGUACCUUGACUACCUGAAAGAUCGAUUCCAGGAACUGUACAAAGUGGACGGCUUUGUCAGCGUGGAUGAAAGUAUGGUGAAAUUCAAGGGGAGACUUGCUUUCCGGCAAUAUCUUCCUCUCAAACCCACCAAGUGGGACAUCAAGGUGUGGGUCAUGGCUGAAAGCUCCACCGGGUAUGUAUCAAACUUCCAGGUCUACACCGGACGUGAGGGGGGAGUAGCGAGAAGGGCCUUGCGCACCGCGUUGUGAUGGAUCUGGCUAUCCCAUCUCUCCAUUUUUAUUGCGGGGUGCCGCUGUUUGAAGAUCUGAAGGCUCAUGGUCUGUAUGUGUGUGGCACCGUUCGAUCAAACAGAAAGGGAAUCCCCCCCCCCCAAAACCGCCUGCCAUGGAUAAGCAUCAGUACCAAGUGUCUCAGAAGGAUGACCUGACCUUCUGUGCUUGGCAGGAUACAAAGGUCGUUCUGGUACUGUGAAAUUACCACGAGCCCAUGGCAGAAGGGACUGUCAGGAGAAGACAGGGAGACAUCCAGACAGAGGUCACAGUGCCAGCAUGCCUUUCUGACUACCAGAAGCACAUGAAGGGGGUCGAUCUACUGGAUCAGAUGAUAAGCUACUAUCAGUUUCAGCAUCGGUCCAAGAAAUGGUGGCGGAGGCUCU